UGCUCAUUCUGUUCGAACUUUGGCUGCUUCCACAUUGAUUAUGACAUUUUCUCUCUCACACGUCAUACCUGUGUAUAUAAAUUUGUAUUAAACUACACCAUGUACAUUCUUGUAUUUAUAGGUUUAUAUUGAUCAGUUUCCACAUGGGUCCACCUGAAAACUGAGAAUUUUCCCAUAGUCAAUUGGCAAUCUCUCUCGGACUCUGUUUUUUGGAAGGCUGAGUAGUAGUUGAUAUCUUGACAGUCUAUCAACAGCUUGUAGAGUAGAGGAACAUAUUGGAAUAUGAUAUUUUGAUUUGAAGGAGAAGGGUUUACAGGGUCAUGUUUUGUAUCCAGAAAUGGAAGUGCUCAUAUACCCUGGCAGCAACUAUUGCCUUGAUUUUUGCAUCACUCUCGGUUGUUCAUUUUUUCCUAUAUCCCGUGGUUCCUUCUCCUGACUAUUUUAGCCUCAGUCAGGGUCAUACUUCUUGUGUACCAGUAGAUGGAUCCACUGAGAAAAUCAAGAAAAGCACACCUAUUAAUGGACCCAUUCGAUGUGGCAAGCUGACAUUUCCAGUAAAUGGGUCAAUUGAAGGAAGCAAUGAGGACACUGGUCAAAACUUGCAGCCUAUGGUUGAUUUAAACGUCCAAUUUCCAGCUGACUUGCAUAAUGCUGUUUCUCAUCGUGGUGCUCCGUGGAAAGCUGAAAUUGGACGAUGGUUAUCUGGAUGUAAUUCGAAUACCAAAGUGGUGAAAAUUGUUGAGAAAAUUGGUGGCAACAGCUGCAAAAACGAGUGUAGCGGUCAGGGCGUUUGUAAUUAUGAACUGAGUCAAUGCAACUGCUUUCACGGCUUCAGUGGGGAAGGAUGUUUAGAAAGACUAAAUUUAAGCUGCAACUACCCUGGAUCAAAAGAUGAGCCAUAUGGGCAUUGGCUUGUGUCUAUUUGCUCGGCUCACUGUGACACUACCAGAGCCAUGUGCUUUUGUGGAGAAGGCACAAAAUACCCUAAUCGUCCUGUUGCUGAGGGAUGUGGGUUUAGAAUAAACUUGCCUAGUCAACCUGGUGCUCCAUCUCUGAUUGAUUGGACAAAACCUGAUCUUGAUAUUUUCACUACCAACGUUAGUAUACGAGGAUGGUGUAACGUGGAUCCUGCUGAAGCCUAUGCCUCCAAGGUGCAUUUUAAAGAGGAAUGCGAUUGCAAGUAUGAUGGUCUUUGGGGUCGAUUCUGUGAAACACCAGUAGAAAGUGUCUGUAUAAAUCAAUGCUCUGGCAAUGGACAGUGCCGGGGUGGGUUUUGUCAGUGUAAACAUGGCUGGUAUGGAGUGGAUUGCAGUGUUCCAUCUGCUUUAUCAUCCAUUAGAGAGUGGCCCAGGUGGCUUCGACCUGCACGUAUUAAUGUUCCAGAUAGUUCACGAACCUUGAGAAAUCUUUUCAAUCUUAAUGCUAUAGUUGAAAAGAACAGACCCCUUAUAUAUGUUUAUGAUUUGCCUCCUGACUUCAAUAGUCUUCUCCUAGAGGGACGACACUUCAAGUUCGAGUGUGUAAAUAGAAUCUAUGAUCAUAGGAAUGCUACAAUAUGGACCGAUCAUCUGUAUGGUGCACAGAUGGCAAUCUAUGAAAGUAUAUUAGCGAGCCCUUAUAGAACAUUAAAUGGCGACGAAGCAGAUUACUUCUUUGUUCCAGUGCUUGAUAUGUGUAUCAUAACUCGUGCUGAUGAUGCUCCACACUUGAGUAUGAAGGAUCACCAGGGGUUAAGAAGUUCACUAGCUCUAGAAUUCUACAAGAAAGCAUAUGAUCACAUAAUGGUGCAAUAUCCUUACUGGAACCGCUCAUCUGGAAGAGAUCACAUCUGGUCCUUUUCAUGGGAUGAAGGUGCUUGCUAUGCACCUAAGGAAAUAUGGAACAGUAUGAUGUUAGUCCACUGGGGCAAUACAAAUUCAAAGUACAACUAUUCAACAACAGCAUAUGGGGCUGAUAGUUGGAAUCAGAUUUCUUCUCAAAGAAGAGGGAAUCAUCCAUGCUUUGAUCCGCAUAAAGACCUUGUACUUCCUGCCUGGAAGCAGCCUGAUGAAGGUUCCCUGAAUUCUAAACUUUGGGCCAGGCCUCGCAAGGAGCGGAAGACACUAUUCUAUUUUAAUGGAAAUCUUGGUCCGGCUUAUGAACAUGGAAGACCUGAAGCAACGUAUAGCAUGGGCAUAAGGCAGAAAGUUGCUGAAGAGUUUGGUUCAAGUCCUAACAAGAAAGGAAAGCUUGGGAAACAACAUGCAGAAGAUGUGGUUGUAACUCCGCUGCGUACUGAUCAUUAUAAUGAGGAAUUGGCAAGUUCUGUUUUCUGUGGGGUUAUGCCUGGAGAUGGAUGGAGCGGCCGAAUGGAAGAUAGCAUUCUGCAAGGCUGCAUCCCCGUGGUCAUUCAGGAUGGGAUCUACUUGCCAUAUGAGAAUGUUUUCAACCUUGAAAGCUUUUCCGUUAGAAUUCAUGAAGAUGAUAUUCCAAAUUUGAUAAACAUUCUGCGGAGAUUUAACGAGACAGAGGUCGAAUUCAAGUUGGCAAAUGUGAGGAAGAUUUGGCAGAGAUUCUUGUAUCGUGAUUCUGUUUUACUUGAAGCCGAGAGACAAAAUGCUACACUUGGAUUGGUUGAGGACUGGGCUCGGAAGUUCUCAGAACUAAGUGAAGAUGAUGUCUUUGCCACACUCAUACAGGUUUUGCACUACAAGUUACAUAACGAUCCUUGGAGACGAGAGGUUGUCUUUCCCAAAAAGGAUUUUGGUGUACCCCGAGAAUGCUUGAGGAGGUAGCAAAUAGCUGUAGUACAACAGGAUACUUGUUCGAGGAGAAUGCACCAGUAAAUACUAGAGUCAGUAAAACGGUAGCUACUAUAGCAUAAGUUGCUCGUUUUCCUUCCCCGCAAGUAUAGCAUGAUAAUCCCUAGUUAUGGCAGCUCCGGAUGAAAGGGAAUAAGGGUCGACUGCUAGGGGGCGGGGGGAUUCUCAGCAGAAAGUGCACAGCUGAUGUUGUGAAGCUCGACAUAAUGCACCAACAUGAAUAAAACCGCUGCGAAAGGAGUAGCAAUUUUGAAGAAUAAUGGACGAUCAAUCAAUAGUUUCUAAAGGAUUUUCUUGUUUUGCCAUUUGUAUGCAUUAGAAAGUAACUCAAUGAAGAAACAACUCAGUCAUUUGUUGCUUUCCUCAAAUUAUACUUAUAAAGUGAUUUUAUAGGAGUUUUUGUAAUUUUUAAAAACAUGCGGGUUGUCUCUGCUAUUGUCAAUUAGUUGAGGGAUGUAUUUGAUAUUA